UGCAUCGGGUCAUUUCUCCAACGCGCAUGCAUACAUUUGAAAAAUAAUGCCUAAAGUACGAGAAGUCGAAUCUCUGGUCCAACUUUGUACGGACUGCAUUCAAAAAUCGAUUGAGAAUAUUAAAUUUCCAUCUGAUGUUUCAGCAACUAAGAGAGAAGGAAAUACGUUCAGAAUGAGCCAUCCGAUCUAUGAACUAAUUAAAUCUAUUUUUAAACUCUCUGUUAGCUGCAUUAAAAUAACGAUUGAAUGUAGAAAAUUUGUGCCAGACCUAUCGACAACUAUAAGAGAGAGCAAUGCGAUCAAUGUCAAUUCUGAAAUGGUUAGCGAUCCAUUUCAUAAAUUACGUAAGUUGGCCAAAAGACGAAAAAUCUAAAAAAAUACAAUCUUAUUUUUAAAUUUUAUUUAGUCGAAUCUAUUUUGAAACUCUGUUCAUGCUACAUAAAAAAAACGAUUGAGAAUAAGAAAUUUGCAUUCGACUUAUCCGCAGCAACCAAGAAAAAGGACGAUACAAUCAUUCUCAGUUCAGAAUUAUCAAAAAAUCCAUUUCCUAAAUUACGUAAGAAGACUGAUCAAAAAGGAUUUCUUUAAUGAGAGCUUAAACUAAUGUUCAUUUUUAAACUUUUAUUAGCCGUUCCUCUUUUGGAAAAGCUCGUUGGGUCUCUUACCAGCGGUAGAAAAUUAACACAUGAAAAUAUUCUAGAACAAAUAAUCACCUCACAACUUCAACAUUUGUCAUUUUCUCAAUACUCUGAGAGUUACUUAUUGAAUUUAUUUCCUAAGUUGGAAAAUUUGCUAGUUCUCAACCUUGAAGACGGCAAAAUAGGAAACGACUGUUUAAAAAGCAUUGGGACUUACUGUUCCAAAUUAAGGUAUUUCAACUUAAGAUCUUAUUAUUAUUUGUCAUUUUAAUUGUUGAAAGAAAAGACAUAACGAAAUCAUAAAAAAAUAGGUGGUUGAAUGUCACGAGAUGCGUUAAGGUGACAGACUCUGGAAUUCAAUGGCUCUGUGGCGAGGCUGAUUAUCCAGAGAUAGGAAAUGAAAAAUCGGGACUCUGUGAGACUCUGAAAAGACUGGAUCUUAUUUGCACUAGUGUUACACAGCGGGGAAUCCAAAUGGCUCUCACGCAUUUACUGUCUUUAGAAAUAAUUAAUCAUUAUGAUACCUUAGAAGCCUUGGUAAAAUUGGCUCAGUCAGCGGUAGUUUCAAAGCGUGUUGAUUGUUGCUACGACAAGUUUUCCGCAUCUGUUCUACACACUUCUCCUAAUAAGCCUUAUUUACAUGGUAGCCUUCAAGUAGCACUCUCUAUGUGCAAUUCACUCACUCGUAUCACAAUCUACGCAACCAAGGGAUUAAAAGACAGUGACCUUUUGUGCUUAAUUGAUAUUAAGGUGCUCCGCGGAUUAAAAAUCUUAAGGUCUGAUUCAAACGCACUCAAUGAAAUUACUUUUGACGGUGGCGUAUGUCCACUUCUCAAGGUAGUUGGCAACUCUUUAGCGUUUGGCACUGAUUGUUUCGAUUCAAUCUGUAUUCCGACCAUAGCCGAGUUAUGUCCCAAUUUAACUGCUAUUUAUUUUAAUAACAUCAGGGGCAUGCUUCAGAACGAAUUAAACCUUCUUCAAAUGGAAAAGAAUCCGACCAUUUUUAAGAAAUUAACUUAUGUUCAGUGUGUAUGGAGUUUUCCAUCCGAUAUCUUACUUUUUUUGUUAUCUUCUCCUUUACUUGAAGACAUUCAAUUUUUUUAUUGUCAGACGUUAACUGAUGAAGUCUUACGUAAUGCAGCCAAUUUUCAUGGAUUUCAUAAACUUGAAAUUCUGGAUCUACGAGAUUGCAACGUGGUGUCGGAGUAUGGUAUUAAUGCUUUACUUGUAGAAAACAUUCCACUUAAAAAAAUUAUUUUAAAAUCUUGUAAAAAUCUGGGUUCAAAAACUCAUUCAAAUUGGCUAUCGCUGAUUCGUCAGAAAAAUUGGAAUUUAAAAUGCUUUUUUUUAAAAAUAACAUGUCUAUUCUCUAACGCCCGAGAAGAAUUUUUCCGUCCGGAUUUCAAUUUUUAAUCCAUCAAAUUGCUGCGAAAAGCGUUUCGAAUGUAUACGAAAGAGCCGAUAAUAAACUGGAAAAUAACGCUGUUGUUUCCGUUUUGAAACUGAAUAA